AAACCUUAGUUAUUUAGUGGUCUGCAAAGGACAAAGUCUUAUUUGAAACCGCACGUUCUGGACGAUGAUGAGGCUGGACUUCUGUAGUUGGUAUGGUGAGCAAGUUGUUCCGUAAAGAGGAUCUCAUCCACACCCCCAAUCCUUCUAAGCGCCAGCAGUAUCCACCAACAACUUCAGCGUCACGGAACGGGCAACCACACAGCAAACCAGAUGAUCGAUGUCACCUUCCAGUCAGGAAACAACCGAACGCAGGCGCUGGAGAAGAGAAGCAGAAGGGCGGGGCGAUGCGCCGGAAAGCCUCGGACAGGCGGUUGUUCCGCUCCGGCCCGCCUCCGGCCUCCAAAUUUGGUCAAACAGGCACAGAUUGUCCAUCGCGACAUUCACCCCGAUUGUCGAUUCACGGGCUUUGCAUUUCCGAGCGACGCCAGCAGGAAUGGCUGCCACCUCCUAUUGAUGGCGAAUUAGAUCGCGUUCUUUGUCUUUGCCAGUGUGGCUGCCUACUAUUCCCUUUUCUGCACAUUGACACCUCCCUUCUGGACUUACCUUUCCCUCCGGUCUAGCCUCGUCAUCCCCGAUGGCUGUCGCAGAUCAGCCUUCGGGCUUGAUGGACAUCGCCAGGUAGGUCAUAUUCCAGCCUUGCGCUCUUCGGUCAUACAUGUCUUUG